UCCUAGUUAGACACAGGACCUGCUGGGCCACAGAAAGGAGGCUCUGUGAAGACGCACUAGAUUACUGGAUACAUCACUUCAAUUUCCCAAUGAAUUUUAUAUUGUUUAUUCUUAUACCUGGAGUUUUUUCCCUAAAGAGUAGCACUUUGAAGCCUACUAUUGAAGCAUUGCCUAAUGUGAUGCCUUUAAAUGAAGAUGUUAAUAAACAGGAAGAAAACAAUGAAGAUCAUACUCACAAUUAUGCUCCUGCUAAUGCGAAAAAUGGCAAUUAUUAUAAAGAUAUAAAGCAAUAUGUGUUCACAACAGAAAAUCCAAAUGGCACUGAGUCUGAAAUAACUGUGAGAGCCACAACUGAUCUGAAUUUUGCUCUAAAAAACUUUAAAAUCGUCCAUGCGAGUACAUCUGAAAAAUCUUCCAAUGAAGAAGAAACAACUACUAACGAACCCUCUCAUAAAAAUAUUCAAAAACUAACCCCAAAUGUGCCUGAAUUUUGGACACUGUUAGCUAAAGCUAUAAAUGGAACAAUGGUGACCAUGGAUGAUAAAGAUCAAUUAUUUCACCCAGUUCCAGAAUCCGAUGUGAAUGCUACGAAGGAAGAAAAUCGACCCGAUCUAGAGGAUCUGAAGAUAAAAUUAAUGCUGGGAAUUUCGUUGAUGACCCUCCUCCUCUUUGUGGUCCUCUUGGCAUUCUGUUGUGCCACACUGUACAGACUGAAGUACCUGGGUGGUAAAGGUUGUGAGAGUCAAUAUUCUAUCAAUCCUGAGCUGGCUUCGAUGUCUUACUUUCAUCCAUCAGAAGGUGUAUCAGAUACAUCCUUUUCCAAGAGUGCAGAGAGCAGCGCCUUUUGGGGCACCACUUCUUCAGAUGUGAGAAGAUCAGGCACAAGAAUAUCACAACCUAUGGACGUAAACAACGUGAUAGAGUUAUCCGAUGAAGAAAUCAAGGAACCUGAUGAAGAGAUCAUACUGAUGAAUAGAUAACUUUAAUUCUUUUGUCAUCAAAA